UUUAUUUGUUGCAUACUUGCAUUUGCAUUCUCUCUUCACCUUAUUAAAUUCUCUGACUCUCUCUGUUUAUUAGAAAACAAAAGAGAGUCGUCAGAGAAAAACAAAAAAAAUAAAAAACCCUAUUACCGUUUUUUCUCUGCAACAACCGAAACGAUUCGAUCUCAGCAAUGGCUAACAGUAAUCUCCCCCGACGAAUCAUCAAGGAAACUCAACGUCUCCUUAGUGAGCCAGCUCCCGGGAUAAGUGCUUCACCGUCGGAGGAUAAUAUGCGGUACUUCAAUGUCAUGAUUCUUGGCCCAACACAAUCGCCAUAUGAAGGAGGUGUUUUCAAGUUGGAACUGUUUUUGCCUGAAGAAUAUCCAAUGGCUGCUCCCAAGGUUCGAUUCCUCACCAAGAUAUAUCAUCCUAACAUUGACAAGCUUGGAAGGAUAUGCCUUGAUAUUCUGAAAGACAAGUGGAGUCCAGCUCUCCAGAUUCGAACUGUACUUUUGAGCAUUCAAGCACUUCUGAGUGCCCCAAAUCCCGACGAUCCACUCUCUGAGAACAUUGCAAAGCACUGGAAAACAAAUGAGGCUGAAGCUGUUGAAACAGCAAAGGAAUGGACACGUUUAUAUGCGAGUGGUGCAUGACGAAUGACAUGGUGGAAAGAUUUACUUAUCUGAAAUAACAAUUGUGUAAUGUAUGCUAUUCACUGUCUAUUUAAAAUGGCAAACUUGGAAGAAUUGAUGAUGAUGUUUGAACAUUGAGAGUUUGAUAUUUUAAAAAGCUUCCAGUUACUCUGCCUGUUUCGUCUUUGAAUUUGUAUGAAUAGAUUAUAUAUUUCUCCUCUUUAAUUCAGAAUUUAAGAAUUAUUUUCUA